CUACGUUGUUAGACGAGUAAUGAUUCCAUUCUUUUCCAGAUUCUUCCUUUUUCCAGUAAUUCCAUACCCCAAUUGUUCCUUUUUCCAGACUCCCGUCAAAGUGUACCUCCGUUUCAUGCGGCCGGACAUCGAGUACAAGACCCUCCGCCUCUCCACAGCCACCACCUGUCGACAGCUCAUCGUCCUCCUGCUGGCCAAGUUCCGCCUGCGACACCGGGACCCCAACCUCUUCUUCGUCAGGAUGGAGAUCACCGUCAGGAGCCCCGGGGAGGGAGUGCCCACGCGGCGCCUCCUCGUCUUGGACGACCAAGCGAGGCCGGCCGAGCUGCAGCAGUGCCGCCCCAGGGGGGACGCUCGCUUCAGUGUCGGCGUCCGUCGCGGGGGUCUCCUCAGGAUCCAUGACUCCAUCUUGAUGCCUGGGUCACAAUACAAAUCCCUACUGGUAUCUUACCGCACGACUUCGGAGGAGCUGGUUCAACUGCUGUUGAACUGUUACAACAGCAAGGAGUCUCCCAGGCACUACGCUGUCCACGAGGUGGUCAAAUGCCCCUACAGUGACCGGCAGCUGAGGUACGACGAUUAUCCCCUGCUCAUUCAGAGCGAGUGGCCUCGUAACGCCAGGCAGAAUUACUCCUUCGUUCUUCGACGUAAUGCCAACUACGCCCUCAGCCUCAAAUCUAGGAUUUCGUGGCGCCGUAGUCUAGACCACUCUGGUACGGACACGGAAUCUGACCACGAAGACAACAUCGGGGGGAUACGAAAAUCCAGAGCCCCUUCGUUACCCGUCACACACACCACCACCUCCUUCAAAACCUCCUCCACUGGCAACCUCCUCAACGAGUGCCUAGCAGGUCACCCUCCAUCCAGGGCCUCCAACAACGUCUCCUCCUCCCUCUCCUCCACCGCGUCUCUGUCUCCAUCCAUGUCCAGAGUCUCCUGCGACUCUGGGUUCUCCUCUCCGUCUUCGUCGUCUCGUUCUUCGACGGCUUCCACGGGGUCGCCUUCCCCGCCGGCGUCGCCGUCACUGUCGACGAAUUCGAAGGCCAGAAGCGAGACGCGAUUUGCGAAGGCGUCUGCAGCCGCUGCGACUACUAGUACUAGUGCUACAUCCGUCGGUGCCUCUUUGAAGUCUUCAUCACUAACCGUUGCGACCAGAGCGUCGCUACGUACUCACCAUCAUCAUCAUCAUCAUCAUCAUCCAGUCACAGUCACAGUCAACAGUCAUCAAGUCACGGUGCCCUCUAGUACCCAGCAGCAGCAGCCUGACGACGACGAUGCCCGUCGCGUCCCAAGUGCCAUCGCCUGCCCGAAAGAACCCGAGGAGGAGGAGGAGGGCCAACCUGAAACCAACUUGUCGCUGGCGUCUCCGCCAUCCUCGUCUUGUAUACUGACCAUACCCCUUUCGCCCAUACCCGUGCCCGCGUCCCCGCCCCCGCUGUCUGUUUUGUCGUCUUCCGUCGUCGCCACGCUAUCGCCGACGUCCUCUUCCCCGCGCGUCGUCUCGGGCGCCGUAACAGCAGCAGCAGCAGCUUCGUCGUCGACGUCCUCGUCAGUAGCGUCGUCGCCGUCAAUGUCGUCGUCGUCUUCUCGCGCCAAGGCCAAAUCAAGGAGGCCUUCGUCGGGGUCGUCUCGAGUCUCGCUUCGCGCAAAUCCCAUUCACACGACGUAUUUCUACACCACCGAUCCCCCUUCAUCGCUCUACGUUCCCUUAGAAGGAACACUCAUCCCGCCUACGUCAGCCCCUCCGUCGCCAUCCUCCCCGUCGCAGGGUCGCAAGUGCCCUCCGCCUCCAUCCCCCUCCGCGCCCACGUCCCCCUGCAGACAUCUCCAGUCCCCGCCUCUGCAAAGUACCAUCAUAACCAUCCCUUCCAGUGGGCCUUCGGUGGUCUCUUCCAAUAACCUCUCUGCCUCUGCGCACGCGGGGAUGCGCGAACUCUCCGCCGCUCUCGAGUCGCUGAGAACACUGACGAUUCGGUGUCCAAAUUACGACAAUUGUUUCUACAUAUAAUUCAACGGCUUCUGGUGAUGACUGCUGCGUCGAAUCAGGUUUUAAUAAGGUCCGUUUGUCUCGACGAAUCACCGCAGAUUGAAGUCGAAGUCUACCUCAGACUUUAUUGCCUCGCUUGCUGCUGUUGCUGCUGUUCUAGUUGCUGCACAAUCACAACUUCACAGCAAGAGGGAACACCAACUCCCUGCUUCUUAAGGAAGAAAAGAGAAAAAAAGUAUAGUGACGAGAACACCAAAACUCCCUGCUUCUAAAGGAAGGAGAGAGGAAAAAGUACAGUGACGAGAACACCAAAACUUCCUGUUGUUUAAGGAAGAAAAGAGAGAGAAAAAAAAAGUACAGGGACGAUGACGAACUAACCCUACGUUAUUCAUAUCUAAAGUGUCCUUAAAUUAAAUUAAAAACUAGCUCGGGUUUAUAGACGUAAAUCCAAACUUCGUACAAUGAAGCAGCAAGAGAAAAAAUAUAUAUAUCCUUGUCUGGUGGGCAUUGCAAAGACGUCGUCAAUAUGGACAGUAUUACAUACUACUAUAAUUAGAAAACAUAUUCGAACACAUACUCGAACAUUACUGUUAAGCUUAAAAGAAAUUAUCUUGAUCUUGUUGCUUGAUAAUAAUUUAAUUUUAUUAUACGCAGUCAAUUCCGACUGUUAUCAGAUUCUGAUCAUACUCUCAUAUGUAAUUUUAUGUGGUUUCUAAUCGUCCUAGUCAUACAAAUCUAAAGUUGUUACAAAUGUUAAUUAUGAGAUAUCAACAAACAUUUAUACACUGAGUGUACACUAAGAUAAGUGUAUUGGGAACAAGGCACACUGUAACAUAUGACACUUGAGUGUAUGUUGAUAUAUUUACGUAGGUAAGUUAAUUUAAAGACGCCAUAUGUAUAUUUUACGUAUGUAAAUUAUGAUAUAAUUACUUAUUUGUUAGAUUGUAUAGUCAAAGAGUCAAACAACUAAGUCAGAUAAUUAAAUAUUAAACAUUAAAAUGUGAAAAAUAAAUAUUAAAAUUAUUAUAGAAAAGAGUACAAAAUUCAGUCAAUUAGUUGUUACAAUUUAACCUGGUUAUAAUACUUUACUUGGGUACAUGUCCUGCAGAAUGUUAAUUAAAUUUUGAUGUAAAUAGUGUGAAAAUUAAAUAUUAAAAUUAUUAUAGAUGAGUACAAAAUUAAUCGGUCAACAUUCAAAUUAGUUGUUACAAUUUUAUAAUUACCUGGUUAUAAUACUGUGUAAAUUAGUUGUUAAAAUUUAACCUGGUUAUAAUACUGUGUCCUUUGGUACUUUGGGUACAUGUCCUGCAGAUUGUUAAUCAAAUUUUGAAUGUAAAAUUUUACUAUUAAUGUUCAUUACUUCAAACUAAAUAAUACAAUGUUGUACAUUUAUUUAUCCUUUCUACCUCUGUCAUCAUCUUUUGUAAUUCAUUAUUAUUCGGGUUCAUUAUUAUUGUUAAUACUGAUGACGUUAUGAAUGGGUAUGAAUUGUUUGAAGACGGCCAUAGUUUUCGGAAAACUAUUCAGUUCCAUUCAGAAUAUUGCCAAAGAAUUAGUGUGAAAGUAUUAAAUAUAUAUAUACAAACUUA